AUGCGUUUCACUUCUAUACUUUCGCUGGCCUUUGGGCUCCCAGUCGCGAUAGCGGGUCCUUGCAAACCUGCAUCUUAUUCUCAAUCUAGUGAUACGGUUUUGACAACUUUAACACAGGCGGCUACGUCUGGAGUCGCGUCGACAGAGACAGCCACCACCGCUAUUUCGGCUGUAGCUUCAGAGACGACUGAGACCUCUUCUGCUGCUGUUUCGUCUACAUUGACCUCAAUUGAAUCCGAUACAACUACUCUGGUGACAUCAAUCGACACGACCGAUACUACAGCGAUUGCUCCUACAACAACAACCUCCGAAGAACCCGCCGUCACAACCUUCAAUAUCAUCGCCGAAGGUGGUCCAGCAAAUGAUAUAGUAAUGGGCCAGAAAGAAAACUAUUACAACCUCCAAUUCUCCACGAACCCAGCCUGGCAACCAGUCGCCCUCAUCCUCGAAGAAGGCACUGGCUACCUCCGCCGCGCCGACCCAUACCGCCCCAACUUCCCUCUCAUCUGCAUCCGCUGGGGUUCCGGUACCGUACCCAACCCAGGCUGGUUCGUCGAUUGCUCAGCGUCAGAUCAUUACUACGGCGCGCCUAUAAAAUGUGAUCUAAAAGCCGGUGGUGAACUGUCUUGCUCCAUUCCUGCUGGGCACUGUAGAUACUAUACUAUUCCGCCGAGGGAUAACGAUGCUUGGGAUUGUCAGGCCGAUGAUGGGGUGUUUCGGAACUUUUAUACGGAGGAGAGUCUAGAUGAGGAUGAUGUUACUUACUAUGUGCCGUGGAUGGGCUUUGGAGGGUAUGAAGGGAAGGGAUAUGUUAAUACCCUGGAACCGGUGACGUUCCGUUGGAGAAGUGCGGAUUAG